CAUGGGUUGUAGCCCAUCUUAAUUGUGGAGCCUCCAGGAGUGACUGUGUUUCAGUGAGGAGCAGUUCAGAGCUGUUGGAGAGACACAUAGCAUCUUCAUAGAUCUGUGGUUAUGUAUACAUUGAACUUUAUUUGAAGGGAACAAUACUAUGUUUGGAUGUUUUUUCCAAGUACUUCAGAAUGAAUCUCACAGCAAUGAACCAAACUGAUAGCUGUCAGGAAUAUUUCUGUCCAGAGAGAUCUGUUUCUUUAUCUGUCUAUGUGAUUCAGUAUGUGGCCACAGCAGCUGUGACUCUUCUGACCGUGUGUGGAAACCUGCUGGUCAUCAUCUCUGUUAGUCACUUCAAGCAGCUCCACACACCUGCUAACAUCCUCAUCCUCUCUUUGGCUGUGUCUGAUCUGCUUACAGGACUUUUUGUAAUACCAUUUCACUUGAUUUUGCUGAUUGAGACUUGUUGGAGUUCUGGACUACUGAUGUGCUCGUUUUUCAAUUUUGUGACUUUUCUAGCAACAAGCGUGUCUGUUAAUACUGUGACUCAAAUAGCCAUUGAUCGUUUUUUGGCUUUAACUUAUCCUUUUUUUUACUCAGAGAAAAUCUCCCCCACUGUGAUGUGCAUUGCAACUUUAUUUAACUGGAUGUUUUCACUCCUUUAUAACUUCACUCUUCUCUUCGUUAAUGGAAACUUCACUGCCGUGUGUCCAGGAGUAUGUGUUUAUUUUAUAGAUGGGGUUUCAUCCCUCAUUGAUCUCCUGGUUGUGUUUCUUGUGCCAUGUACACUCAUCAUAAUAUUAUACACUCAUGUUUUUGUCAUUGUUAAGAAACAUGUGACUGCUAUAAGAGCCCUUCAGGUUCACAAAAGCACCUCUAAAAACAGAGUCAGUGACAAAUCAGAGCGAAAAGCUGCGAUUCUGCUGGGAAUUCUGGUCUUUGUGUUUCUUCUGUGUUUACUGCCAUAUUAUAUUUGUUCUUUAGUGAUUCCAUCCAAUAAUACUUACUACUUUUAUGUCAGAGAUGUUUCUGUAAUAUUUUUCUAUCUUAACUCCACCAUUAAUCCCAUCAUUUAUGCCUUAUUCUACCCCUGGUUUCAGAAAAGCUUAAAAUUAAUUUUCACAUUUAAAGUGUUUAAUAAAGACUCCUCCCUGAUGAAUGUAAUGUAAGUCAUUGAAUGUAAGACAGAAUGUUUCUUCUCUUUUUUUAUCAUGUUUUUCAUGUCUAGGUCAAUGUAUUUUUUUUUUUAUAUUAUUUUGUCAUAUUAAACAUGGGCAUGGGCUAUAAAACAUCUAAUAUUUCCUCAACUAUUGCAGAGAUAGAGUAUAUUUAACACACGUUGUCAUUUUUAACAGACUCCAAUAGCAUAGUACAAAAAUAGUGAGAUAUAUCCCUUGUGACAACUUCUCAGUGUGACAAAUGGUCUCCCCUCUAUAAUUCAUUUAUUUUAAAACUAUGAGAAAAUUGAAAACCUUACUGGAUCAAGAAAGGUUUAUAUAUGAUUUUAUAAUGUUUAAAGGUUGUCGUCUAACAUGUUGUGAUGUGAAAACCAGAUUAUAGCUGUUUCAUGUGUCACAAACUUUACAUUGGCCUUGCACAUAAAAUAGGCCUACACUGAAGAAAAAAAAAAAAAAGGCCAAAUGACUGGCAGCUACGGCUUUACAGAUAUGUCCUUAAUUAUUAUGAUCAAACACUUUCACUGUAAAAUGUAAACUGUUAUAUUUUAAAUGUUAUAAGCUAAUGUAAUUAGUGAAUUAGUAAAUACACAGUUACUGCCUUUUAAAUAAGCAACAUGCAGCAUAACAUCUUUUUUUUUUUUUGGCUCAUCCUGGACUGAAGCACAGGCUUUACUCUUCAGCACAAUGGUGACCCACAAAACUCAGACAAUACAGAAACCCUUUUAAUCCAAACAGAACAUUAAACACUAACAGAUCUCUCAAGAUUUCAGCAUCUUCACUUUUUACAAUCCAGUUUGACUAUUUCUUACAUAUAAAGGUUAUUAUUGAGAAUUAACAGAGGUUUAGAUGUUGAUGUUUAUUGAAGAUAAUAAAGUUUGAAGUUGUCACCAUUA